AACUUUUAAUUCUUUACAAACACUUCCACUUACCAAAGUUUUACUUUGAAUCGUGAAAGAAGUUCAAUACUUCAUAACACACUGUAUUCAAAAAUAGACCAAAUAAAUUCAUACUCUAGGUAAUUAUAUAAUUUUGUAGCAUAUGUGGAAUGAAAUGGUCAAUUAUAUAUUUUUUUAUUUAAAUUCUUGUCAUGAUUUAAGGAGGCUUUUGCUUUUUCGCGACGCCCGCUAACCGGAAGUGACGCUUUGGUUUGAAGAUGGAGGGCGGCAGCGUCUAUGUUCGGGAAAGAGGCAAACUUCGGCGUGUGGGUGACACCGCUCUGGCUCCAGCGGCCCCCCCGGCUGACGGACGGACAGAGUCCCGCGCGCCAACAAACAAGAAUGGUAGAAUUACCUCGCGCGCGGAGGGAAGCCUCCGAUUCUCCGAGUCUCUCUUUCAGAUGACGCUUUCCUUCGUGGUUGACAACAUCCAGCACGUGGAUUCGCUGGUCGGAUUCCCAGAACAGAUCGGACGUACCGUGUUUUCGGCUGCGGCGGAAGGUCACGUGUUUUCCGGCCCGGACGCCUCCAAAGCGCUGCGGCUGUUCGCUGAUGCUUACGGGGAGACGCUGCUCGGGUCUCUGUGCCUCAGAAACCGGUUCCCGCUCCUCCACGAGCGGAUGGAGGAGAUCAGAACGUUCUGCAGUCUGAAGUCUCUGGACCUGUUCGGGUGCAGGCUGGGGGACCAGCACGAGCUCUUCCAGCACGUGACGUCACUGGCCAACAGCUUGGUCCGGCUCUUCAUCGGCGCCAACGGUCUGUCAGAUGCUGGCCUGCAGAGACUGACCGCAGCGGUCCGGAUGAGGCAAGCGGGUCUGGACAGUCUCCAGGUCCUGGACGUUUCCUACAACCCCAUCUCAGAGAGAGCCCUCCGGUACCUCACCUGCCUCCCAGAGCUGUCAGCGCUGGACGUGUCUCAGACUGGAAUGAGGAUUAGCCCCGGAUUGCAGAAAAGCAUGUGGGGCCUGCUGGGCCUGCUUCACUGCCCCGAACCUCUGGACGUCUUUCAUCAUUCUGGAUGUGAAACUGACGGCUGGGCAGAGCAGGUGGUAAAUCAAUGGGAAUCCAUUGGAUUAAAGACGCCAACGCAGAAGAAAGUGGGGGAUUCCAGGAUGUCAGCUCUUGGUUUUUGUAAGUCUGGUGCGUUUUGGGUUGUUCUUCUGUAUGUUUUUGUUUUUUCCCAAAGACUGUUUGUCACAGACGGAAGACAGAAGAGGAUCCGGGAUGUGCUGAGCUCCUCGGGCCCGGUCCAUGGCAGCGAGCAGGACACGAGCAGAGAGGAGCUGCACUUUUACAGACCCACAGCCGGCGUUCAAGAGCCGCCGUCUUCCACCGUUAAUCCCCGUCUGGAAGAGGGGAAACGGAAGCUGGAUCCAGAACGUGGCGUCUCCCACCAGAGCCCCCCGAGAAAGCGUGGCGUCUCCCACCAGAGCCCCCCGAGAAAGCGUGGCGUCUCCCACCAGAGCCCCCCGAGAAAGCGUGGCGUCUCCCACCAGAGCCCCCCGAGAAAGCGUGGCGUCUCCUCAGCUCUGACUGCAGAGGACAUGGAUCUGCUGAGCAGCUACUGAGGGAGGAGACGCAGGCGGCCGUGCAGCUUUCCACAAAAGCAGAGCAGCCAUCACCGGAGGCACAGAAACACCAGACGCGUGGAAAUGUUGGACCGUUGUCAUUUUAUUAUUGCAGCUUAACGGCAGGAGAUCCGAAAGGAUAGAAACCAGGAACCACUGCCAUAAAUGAACCUUUAGAUCCGAGUCACAAACACGGACUGGGGGAAACGCAGCCGAGUCGCUGCUGAAGGAAUGCUUCUUCCGAGAUGUUUUUAAAGGAAUAAAAUCAGAACAGAGACUGUCAU